UCUCUGCACGGUGGGAGAGUGGACCUGACUACAGCUGGAUGCUUACACCUCUGCAUUGUGUGUUUUUGAAACCAUUCAGAAAUUCUGACUCAUUGUCCCUGACUCUGCGUCUCGCCCGGCGUCCUCGCUCUUUUGUGUGGAUCUGAUCAGUCGGACCCGGUCUGUGUCCGCCUGUGUCCCGGUCCCGUCCCGGUCCAGCUGGGUGUGUGUGUGUGUGUGUGUGUCCCGGGCUGAGGAGCACCAUGCCAGAGUGUGUGUCAGUGUCCGAGUUCGUGCAGGAGGUUCAGGAGGACUGGAGCUCCCCCACCACCUCCUCCUUCACCUCCAAGAUGGUCAGCUGCAGGAACACCGUUUACCUGCUGGAGGAGGUUCUGGACAGUGACCGCUUGGUGCUGCAGAAGAUGAAAAAAGCUGCAAAAGCCAAAUACACAUCAGGACAAGACCACGUCUCCCACCUGGAGCAGUACAUCAACUCCAUGGAGAAGCUUUCGGUCAACUGUCACUCAAACGGAGAGACGGAGGUCGGCUCGGCCUUCUUCCGCUUGGCGGAUUUCUCUAAAGAGCUCCUCUCCCCGAUGAAGAACCAGUUGAAGAGCAUGCUGCACAACAUCAACUUCUUCCUGGACUCUCUGGUUAAAGGAGACCUGCGGGAGGUGAAAGGGGACCUGAAGAAACCUUUUGAGAGAGCGUGGAGAGAUUAUGAGAGCAGAUUUAAGCAGGUGGAGAAGGAGAAGCGGGAGCUGGCCCGGCAGUACGGGAUGGUGAGGAGCGAGGUGAGUGGAGGAGAGAUCGCAGAGGAGCUGGAGAAGGAGAGACGCUCCUUUCAGCUGAGCAUGUGCGAGUAUCUGAUUAAAGUCAACGAGAUCAAGACGAAGAGAGGCGUGGACCUGCUCCAGAACCUCAUCAAGCAUUACCACAGCCACAACAACUUUCUGCAGGAGUGUGUGUCCACCACUCAGAGGUUGAAGCAGUACAUGGAGGAGCUGAAUGGAGUCCUCAGCACGGUGAAACAGCGUCAGGAGGAGGAGAAGCGGCAGCUUUGUGUUCUCAGAGAUCAGCUGAGGCCCGUCGUCCACACUGAUCAGGACUCUCUACCAAAGCAGGUGUACAGCAUGCAUCAGCUGCUGGGGGACAAACAGUAUGGAACAGAGAGGUCUGGGUUCCUCUACAAGAAGAGUGAUGGAUUGAGAAAAAUGUGGCAGAAGAGGAAAUGUUCGGUCCACAACUGUUACCUGACCAUCGCACACGCUACCCCUAACAAACCUCCUACCAGACUGAACCUGCUCACCUGUCAGGUUAAACCCAGUGUGGAGGACAAGAAAUGCUUUGACCUCAUCUCCCAUAAUCGAACCUAUCACUUCCUGGCUGAAGAUGAGGCGGAGUGUGUCGCGUGGAUCUCGGUGCUCAGUAACAGUAAGCAGGAGGCUCUCAGCGUUGCUCUGGACGGGGGGAGAAAAGGAGGCGGGGGUCCCGAGAGCAGCGUGGAGGAUCUGACCCGAGCCAUCACCGACGACAUCCGACGAAUGCCUGGAAACAACAACUGCUGCGACUGCGGCGCCCCCGACCCCGGAUGGCUGUCCACUAACUUGGGCAUCCUGACGUGUAUCGAGUGCUCAGGGAUCCACAGAGAGAUGGGGGUCCACGUCUCCAGGAUCCAGUCUCUGAGCCUGGACAGCCUGGGGACCUCGGACCUGCUGUUGGCCAGAAACGUUGGUAACUCAGGUUUUAAUGAAAUCCUGGAGGCGAACCUGCUGAGUCCGUCACUGAAACCUUCACAGCACAGCCACAUGGCGGAGCGGAAAGACUUCAUCUUGUCAAAGUACCAGGAUGUUCAUUUUGUGAGGCGGGGCCACAACUCUGCCUCAGCGCUGCGACUCGGUCUGCAGGAGGCGACGAAGAGCUGCGACAUCUACAGUCUGAUCCAGCUGUACGCUCAGAAGACCGAGCUGAGCCAACCGCUGCACGCUCACAUACAGGAAAAAGGAGAAACAGCGCUUCAUCUCGCCGUCCUGUUGGCUGACAGGACGUCGCUGCACAUCCUGGACUUCCUGGCUCAGAACUGCUCAAAUGUUGACGCACAAACAUCGGCAGGAAACACGGCGCUGCACUACAGCUGUCUGCACAACAAGAGCGACUGUGUGAAGCUGCUGCUGAGAGCCCGGGCCAACCCACACAUCAAGAACGAGUUGGGGGAAACGGCUCUGGACGUGAGCCGUAAGCUGAAGCACGGCCUCUGUGAGAAACUGCUGCAACAGGCUCAGUCCAACCAGUUCGACCAUCACGUGCACGUGGAGUACGAGUGGAGGCUUCGUCACGACGACCCCUACGACAGUGACGACGACUUCGACGACAAGAACGGCCCAGUGAAGAAGGAGCGCUCCUCCUCCUCCUCGUCCUCCUCCUUCACCCCGUCGUUCUCCUUCUCCUCCCGCCCCUUCAGCUUCAGCCAGUCGUCCUCCUCCUUCGUGGCCACGCCCUCCUCGGGACCGCCGUCGCUGGGGGGAGCGGGCGGCGGCCUCCUCAGCGUGGGCAGGCGGUUGGCCAUGGCCAUGGAGCUGCACAGCCGCCCGGCUGGCUCCGCCCCCAGCCCCCCACCUCCGCCACCGUCCUCCCCGGCACCCCCGCUGCCCCCGAGGGUCAAAGCUCCCAGCGUCCCUCCUCCUCCUCCUCCGCCAGCUGGCGCCGAUCAAACCGGGGAGGAAGAGGAGGAGGAAGGCGAGGUGUUCUUCUCCCUGACAGGACACAAAAAGACGACACCACCCCCUCCGAUCGCCGUCCGGCACAAGAGGAGCUGCUCCGAGUCCAGCAAGAACGAUUAUGGGUUGCCAACCAGUCCCAGGAUCUACAGCGGUCCAGACUCCUCCUUCAAGAAGUGUGUCCCGGCGUCUCCUCUCAGCUCCCUGACUGAACGACCAGACAGAGGUUUUCGGCGAGCGGAAAGCGACGGGGCCUCCUCCUACAUCCUGCAUCCCGCCAGUAAAGCUUCGGCCAAUGGCUCUCCAACCAACCAGCGCUCGCAGAGCUUUGAGUGCGACACCAGAGGCCCCGCCCCUCAGCCCCUUCCUCGCAGGUCAUUGCCUCGGGGGUCGAGCACCCGGCGGGUUCAGGCGCUGUACGACUGCCAGGCGGACCAUCACGACGAGCUGAGCUUCUCUGAGGGCCAGGUGCUGGUGGUGCUGGGACAGGAGGACACCGACUGGUGGCACGGUUACAUCGAGGAGGAGCCCGACCAGAGAGGAUUGUUCCCGUCCUCCUUCGUCCAGCUGCUCACUGACUGACAGGAAGUGAACCUGGAGGUCGGCAGGCCGCCGUGCAGCCGGCACCAGAUCACAUGAGAACGAACAGAUCCAGAACCCCGGAGCUCCAGAUGAGCACAGCUGAUCCCUGACCUUCUGAUCUGGGUCCUGCAGACAAAGUGGGUCCAGCAUCCAUGAAAACGUUUCAUGACCUUGGAUGGAAGAGUCGGACUCUGCGGCUCCGGUCAGGUCAGAGCAAUGCUGCGGAAGAGACUGCCUAUUUAAUUUAUUUAUUUUAUUUAUUUCCCCAAAAGAAAGAAUAUUUUGAUAAGCACACUGAUGAAGUCAGAUCCCUUCAAGGAAAGGGUUUAUCCACAAAUCUUUUAUUUUGAGGUUGGUCUUGAAGUAUUUUUAUUUUAUUGUAUUUAUUCUAAUUUAAGAAACGUUAGAUUAGCAGUUUACUCUUUGUUGAUUAAAAGACUUGAGAAUUUCAACAAACCAGAGCACAAAUGAUAUUAAGGUAAGUGAAGACCAAAGCUCCACAUUCAGGUACAGCCAGUUUUUGUGAAUAGAGGAUGGAUUUCACAGCAGAUGAGGAACAGAUGUUUGCAGCUGUGCGAACGUGGACUCAGAGAAGAAGAGAGUCUGGUGCUUCGCGUUGCCUUCAAUGGCACGACAUUUAAAAAGACCUCAGCGAGCAUGUUUGUUCUCAGUGUCUGCUUACAAAGUGUCUAAACGUGGCUAUCUCCCUGCCCGGUUCCAUUAUAACAAGACAUUUUCCUCAUCACGCCGUUAAAACCUGUAAACAAGACAUUUUUACAAGACAAACCAGCAGAACUACCAGGAAAUCUCACUCGGGUUAAAAUACUGUUACUUAAAAGAUACUUUACUCUGUAAAAGCCAUGCAAGUUCUGAGAAAAUCUAACAUUUCUGAAGGAAAAAUACUGUUUGGUCUUUUUUAACAAGUUUUUUUUUUUAUUGUACUGAACACAUCAGUAUUUGGUCUUAUCUGUAUUUAUUCACAACAGUGAAAGAAUUAAAGAAGGUAGAAGGUUAGAGGCGUAUAUGAAACUGUUUUACUACAGUGAACUUGUUACUCACAGUUUUUUUCAGCAACUCCUCAGAUCUCAGUAAAAUAAUUGACUCACACCACAUCCUGAAAAACUAAAUGAUUCCAUUUUUUUUAUACCUUGUUUUUGUUGUUUGCGGGCUGCUGGAGUGAAUCUCAGCGGACUGGGUGAAGGCAGGGUAAACCAGACCACAGGGAAAACACACAGAGGCCGUCACACAAGCACACCAUAUUGAGCAAAUGACCAAAGACGUCCUUGGAAUGUAGGAGGAAGCCGGAGGAACCAGUUAAAACCAGGAAACUCCACACACGAAGACAAGACUGGUUUGAAAUUGAGCCCAGAUCUUCCUGCUGUGAGACAGCAGUGCUAACCACUGGACCGCUUUAUCUGACAUUACACUCACACACGUAUUGAUGUUUCCACCUGAUCUGAUUGUGACUGUUUCACUGGUACUGGUUCACUAAGCUUUCCAGUAGAGACGGGCGAUUAGGUGUGUUCACAACUACCCCGACAUACACUGAAGAACAUGCAAACAUCACAUCUUUGUGGUGUGAUUGCUGUGAGGUGGCAGCGUUGAUCACUUCACUCGUUUUCUCUCAGAGCCUUCUUUCCUCUGAAGCGCCGUCCGUCCAUCUACUGUACCGCUCCAGUGCCUCACGCCCAUGGGCAAUUUAGGGUCGUCAGUUAACCCCACAUGCACGUUUUGGGACUGUGGAAGGAAGAAAAAAGUAAGAAAAAAAAAAAGACACACACAUUCAAAGAGGAAAUGUAAACUUUGCACAGAAAUGCACAACCCUCUCACACACAACCGUCUGGCUCUGAGGCGAGAGUCUUCACCGCCACCUGAUACAAGGUUCCCACACACUCUUCAUCAGUGAAUUCUGACAAUGUUUGAAUAUUUGACUAAUUUCCAUGAAUUUGAGUAGUUAAUACGUAGUUUGUGUAGCAGAGCAUGAGUAUUUGAAGAAUGUAUUUUGUAUGACAUUAGGCAUGUUUUGUGUAUUUUCAUGAAUGUUUUUUUUUUAAUUAAUGGCCUAAAACUGUGGUUUAUUAGAGGCGAUUAUGAUGAGGUGUAUUAUUUCUACACUACGGGAACCCUGUGUCUGUCAUGAAACACUUUCAUGUUGAUGCUCACUGGGAAAAUAAAAACAAA